ACCUCAAAGAAAACCUUACUCUCUAAAACUAAUCAUGUGCCUAAAUGGGGUGAACGUUUUUAUAAAAAUACUCCAAUUAAAAUAAUUGAAGAUUCUAUUUUGGAUCCGAAGAACAAAACUUUAACCACAUUCACGCGAAACAUUGGCAUGAAAAAAAUUAUGAAGGUUGAUGAAAUUGUCGAAUAUACCGAGCAGAAGGACGGGCGCACCUUAGCUAUUCGUCAUGCUUACAUUAGUUCACAAGUUUUUGGCUUCUCCCGUGCCAUAAGAGCUCAUAUAUAGCAAAAUGAAAAUGGAGGCCCAUCAUUACUCACACUUCAGACACGUAUUCCUAACUCGCAAAUUUAGGAUUUAAUAAAACACUGCAGAUCAGCCACCAAUCGAUUCACGCGA